ACAACAGCAUCACCAACAACCACAUCAGCGUCAGCAACCACCACAACAGCAGCACCAACAACCACAACAGCCGAGGCAACAACCACUACUGCAUCUCCAACAACCACAACACCGACUCCAACAACCACAACAGCAACAACCACAACGGCCGCACCAACAACCACGACUGCAUCUCCAACAACCACAACAGCCGCACCAACAUCCACAACAGCCGAGGCAACGACCACGACUGCAGCUUCAACAACAACAACAGCCGCACCAACUUCCACUACUGCAUCUCUCACAACCACAACAGCAGCACCAACAACCACAACAGCAGCACCAACAACCACAAAAGCAGCACCAACAACCACAACAGCCGAGGCAACAACCACGACUGCAGCUCCAACAACAACAACACCGACUCCAACAACCACAACAGCAACAACCACAACAGCCGCACCAACAACCACGACUGCAGCUCCAACAACCACAACAGCCGCAACAACAUCCACUACUGCAACUCCCACAACCACAACAGCGGCACCAACAACCACAACAGCAGCACCAACAACCACAACAGCCGAGACAACAACCACGACUGCAUCUCCAACAACCACAACACCGACUCCAACAACCACAACAGCAACAACCACAACAGCCGCACCAACAACCACGACUGCAUCUCCAACAACCACAACAGCCGCACCAACAUCCACAACAGCCGAGGCAACAACCACGACUGCAUCUCCAACAACCACAACACCGACUCCAACAACCAAAACAGCAACAACCACAACAGCCGCACCAACAACCACGACUGCAGCUCCAACAACCACAACAGCCGCACCAACAUCC